UUUGAAGGGCGGGGUUCCACACUGUGGCCCCAGCACCUGCCCUGGGCUGUGACAGCCCACUGCCCCGUGCUGCUGGAGAAGUCUCUGCACGGGUACAAACCACUGCACCCAACUGCCUGAGAAGAAUUCGCACAGCCACCCACACCACUGCCCCGCACUGCCCCCACCUGGGCAGCCAUGCGGGCGGCUGGAACUCUACUGGUCUGCUGCUGCCUGUUCUUCAGUGCCACUGGGCGUCCUUCCCCAGGUAUUUGUUCCCAGGACCUUAAGUUAGGUGUGAAGCCAGGAUUUCCCGAAACAAUAAAGACCAACGACCCAGGAGUCCGCCAAGCAGCCAGACACAGUGUUGAGAAGUUCAACAACUGCACAAACGACAUGUUCUUGUUCAAGGAGUCCCGCAUCAGAAGGGCCCUGGUCCAGAUAGUGAAAGGCCUGAAAUACAUGCUCGAGGUGGAAAUUGGCAGAACUACCUGCAAGAAAAACCAGCACCCACGUCUGGACGAUUGUGACUUCCAAACCAACCACACCUUGAAGCGGACUCUGAGCUGCUACUCUGAAGUCUGGGUCGUGCCCUGGCUCCAGCAAUUCGAGGUACCUGUUCUCCGUUGUCACUGACCCCCACCUCUUCAACAGCUGUGACAAACACCAAGGAGCGUCCCCUCCCAGCCGCCUCAUGAGCCAGCCUCACAGACCCGCUCAGGCCUCUCCCAAGUGAGCAGAUGAAGCGCUGCUGGGUCACCACAGGGCAGCUGGGAUGGGAGCAUGGUGGCACCUCCUAACAGAUUAAAUAGAUAACAUUUGCUUCUAAAA